CGUUUAAUUUGUAUCAUAUUGUUUCCUCUUGCUAAUAAGCUGCUAUCUAUAUUAUUUUAAGGAAUGGGCCUUGACACCGAAAAAACUAGAUGGAAAGCUAAUUAUUUUGGGAAAUUAACUACUUCUUUUGAUGAAUAUCCAAAAUGUUUUUUAGUUACGGUUGAUAAUGUUGGUUCUAAACAAAUGCAAAAAAUCAGAUCCUCUCUGAGAGGGUCAGCUGUAUUGGUUAUGGGAAAAAAUACAAUGAUGAAAAAAGCGAUGAGAAAUCACCUCGAAAACAAUCCAGAUUUAGAAAAACUUAUUCCUUUAAUCAAAGGAAAUAUUGGAUUUGUAUUUACCAAAGAUGAUUUAUCAGAUGUUAGGGAAAAGAUUAAUGUUAAUCAAGUUGCUGCACCAGCUAAAGCAGGUGCACAUGCACCAGUUAAUGUUACUAUUCCUGCCCAAAACACUGGACUUGGUCCAGAAAAGACUUCCUUCUUUCAAGCUCUUUCAAUUCCAACUAAAAUUUCUCGUGGCACAAUAGAAAUAUUAAGUGAUGUACCAAUUAUUAAAGUUGGGGAUAAAGUGGGUGCAAGUGAGGCAACCUUAUUAAACAUGUUGAAUAUAUCACCUUUUUCAUAUGGAUUAGUUAUUAAACAUGUUUAUGAUUCUGGUAGCAUAUUUGAUGCAAAAAUUUUGGAUAUUACUGAAACUGAAUUACGUAGUAAUUUUAUGAAAGGAGUUCAAAAAGUGGCAGCUCUAAGUUUAGGGUUGCAUUACCCAAACAUGGCUUCACUGCCCCACAUGUUGGCUAAUGGAUAUAAAAAUCUUUUGGCUAUUGCUGUAUCAACUGAUAUUAAUUUUAAGGAAGCUGAAAAAAUUAAAGAAUAUAUAAAAGAUCCAUCUAAAUUUGCUGCUCUGGCUCCUAAAGUUGAAGAACCUAAAGAAAAAAAAGAAACUAAAAAGAAGGAGGAAGAAAAGAAAAAAGAAGAUUCUGAACAUUCAGAUGAGGAUAUGGGCUUAGGAUUAUUUGAUUAAAGAUAUAAUUAAUUGUAUAACCUGAAUAAAAAUC